AGUUCUCCAUCACAACUCUCCCCAUCCACACCCUCCUCUCCUCUUCUUUGUACCACUGAGCAUGGCUCAGGAAGGUGCAAACCUGCCCCAUGAAGCCGACCGGAGCCAUGAUCACGCCGCUGCCCCCCAUGGGAGCACACCUGCCUUUGAUGGGCUGGCGAUCGUGAGGUCGUCCAGCAACUCCAGCUCCGUCAGCAAGCUGGCCGGCGAGAUCAGCAACGCUGGGGCUGGGUCUAAGCCAGCCAGCAGCCUGGCGGUGCUCCAUGCCGGUGACGGUGAGGACAACACCACCGAGUCCAAGAACGCCGGCCCGGCGGUACUUGAUGCCGGCAAGGGAAGCAACGCCGGAUCCGAGCUCGCUAGCCCUGCGAUGCUCCAUCCCGGCGAGCUCAACAACACCGAGUCCAAGAUGAUCGCAAUCCCGGCGGCGAUGCUCCAUGCCGGCGAGCUCGAGGACACCAUCGACGGGUCCAAGCAGCUCGCCAGCCCGGUGGUGCUCCAUGCCGGCGAGGACAACGAAACCAGAGAGGGUGACGACGCCGGGUCCAAGAUGGACGGCCCCACAAAGCUCCAUGUCAGCAUGGACAGCAACGCUGAUGCCGGGUUCAUCAAGGUCGAUAGCCCGCCGGCACUGCUGUACGCCGGAGAGAACGACGACGACGGCGACUCCGGAUCCAAGCUCGCAAGUCAGUCGGCGCUCCAUGCCGGCGAGGACAAGGACAUCAACGCCGGCAAGGAUGACAAGGCCGGGUCCAAGCUUGCCAUCCAAGCGGUGCCCGAUACUGGGGAGGACAGCAACGCCUGGUCCAAGCUCUCCACACCGGUGCUGCCUCGUGCCGGCGAGGGCAACGACGACAUCGCAUCCAAGCUCGCCGUCCAGGCAGUGAUCGUCCAUGCCGACGAGGGCAACACCGCCGUGUCCAAGCAAGUCGUCCAGGCGGCGGCGAUCCAUGCCGGCGAGGGCGACGACAUCGUGUCCAAGCUUGCCAUCCAAGCAGCGCCCCAUGUUGAGGAGGACAGUAACUCCAAAUCCAAGCUCGCUACUCCGCCGGGGCACCAUGCCGGCGAGGGUGACAACGCCGCGUCCAAGCUCGCCAUCCAGUCGGUGCCUCAUGCCGACGAUGACAACAACUCCAUGUCCGUGCUUGCAAGGGUAGAGGUGCUUGAUGCCGGCGACGACGACAACACCGCCGCAUCCAAGCUCGCCAUCCAAGCACCGCCGCCCCAUGCCGGCGAGGACAAGCUUGCUGACCCAGCAGCGGCUGGUAAUGGUGACAGCACCACCAAGGACGAGGGUGAGAGCGAUGUGGCCGGAGGAGAAGGCGGCGAGAGCGUCGCAGCAACUGGUAGCAGCGGUGGUGCCCUGUCCAAAACCAGCAACAAGUCGACGUCUGAUGGUGGCGGCUCCGAUGACGACGCCGUCAAGGAUGCUCCCGCAGCUGUCGCCGCCGACGAAGUCACAGGUGGAUGCAAAGGGAAGGGGAAAGGUGUCGCGGCGACGAAGAAGGACCAGGCAUUGCACAUCUGGACGGAGAAGGAGCGGAGGAAGAAGAUGAAGAACAUGUUCAGCACCCUGCACGCGCUUCUCCCCCAGCUCCCCGAAAAGGCUGACAAGGCCACUAUAGUGGGGGAGGCAGUGACCUACAUCAAGAGUCUGGAAGGCACCGUCGAGAGGCUGGAGAAGCAGAAGCAGGAGCGCAUGCGCGCGCAGCAGGCUGCGGCGGGCGCCGGCAGCAGCAGCGGCGCCGCGGCGUCGUCCGCGCUGCCGCCGGCGCCGGCGCCGGCGCAGGCGGCGGCCGCGACGAGGGAGUCGGUCCUGGCGGACAUGGUCCAGAGCUGGAACGCGCAGGAGGCGCUCAUGGCCGAGCUCAAGGCCGCGGCGACCGCGGUGGUCUACGGGGCGGGCACCGCCUCCGACGGCGCGGUGCCCGCGCCGGCCCCGCCGCUCCCGCCGGCGCCCCCGCGCUCGCCGCCGAUCCAAACGUGGUCGUCGCCAAACAUCGUGGUGUGCGUGGCCGGCGACAACGCCUUCAUCAACCUGUGCACCCCGCGGCACCCGGGCCUGCUGACCCGGCUGUUCUACGUGCUGGAGAGGCACCGCAUCCACGUCGUGGCCGCCACCGUCUCGUCCAGCCCGACCCAGAAGAUGUUCUUCAUCCAGGCGCGCAUCAACACGGCGGCGCCGCCGCCGCCCAUGCUCCCGGAGAACAUGACGGUUGAGGAGAGGUACAAGCUAGCGGUGGCGGAGAUGCUGCACGCCGUCGGCUACUGAGAUCGAUCGACGCUCCUGCUCGCCGAAUAAAUCGCUCGGAGUCGGCUCUCUCCCUGGAUCAGCUGAUGGAUGAACUGCUGCUGCCGUCGCUUCGCUUCUACCGAUGAGGAUUCCGAUGAGAAGGAUCGGAAUCUCAUUAACUUUCGUGUUGUGUGUCAAGUUUCGUCGUCGAACUAUUUCUUAUUUCGCAAAGAAUCUGGUUGGUAUGGUACCGUAUACUAAGUAUUCUCUGUUGUCGUAUGAGGUUAAACUUAAAAAAACUCGGCCGGGUGGGAAA